AUGGAUUAUAAAUCUAGCCUGAUUCCGGAUGGAAACGCCAUGGAGAACCUGGAGAAGCAGCUGAUCUGCCCCAUCUGCCUGGAGAUGUUUACCAAGCCUGUGGUCAUCCUACCCUGCCAGCACAACCUCUGCCGGAAGUGUGCCAACGACAUCUUCCAGGCUGCGAAUCCCUACUGGACCAACCGCGGUGGCUCAGUGUCCAUGUCGGGAGGUCGUUUCCGCUGCCCCUCGUGCCGCCACGAGGUGAUCAUGGACCGGCAUGGGGUGUACGGCCUACAGAGGAAUCUGCUGGUGGAGAACAUCAUUGACAUCUACAAGCAGGAGUGCUCCAGUCGGCCCCUGCAGAAAGGCAACCAUCCGAUGUGCAAGGAGCAUGAAGACGAGAAAAUCAACAUCUACUGCCUCACGUGUGAGGUGCCUACAUGCUCCUUGUGCAAGGUGUUCGGGGCCCACCAGGCCUGUGAGGUAGCCCCGCUGCAAAACAUCUUCCAGGGACAGAAGACUGAACUGAGUAACUGCAUCUCCAUGCUGGUGGCAGGGAACGACCGAGUGCAGACUAUCAUUUCUCAGCUGGAGGACUCCUGCCGAGUGACCAAGGAGAACAGCCACCAGGUGAAGGAGGAGCUGAGUCAGAAGUUUGACGCCCUCUACGCCAUCUUAGAUGAGAAGAGGAGCGAGUUGCUGCAGAGGAUCACACAGGAGCAGGAGGAGAAGCUGGGCUUCAUCGAGGCCCUGAUCCUUCAGUACCGCGAGCAGCUGGAAAAGUCCACCAAACUCGUGGAAACAGCCAUUCAGUCCCUGGACGAGCCUGGAGGGGCCACCUUCCUCUUGAGUGCCAAGCAGCUCAUCAAGAGCAUUGUGGAAGCUUCCAAGGGCUGCCAGCUGGGGAAGACAGAGCAGGGCUUUGAAAGCAUGGACUACUUUACUCUGGAUCUAGAACACAUAGCAGAAGUCCUGAGGGCCAUCGACUUUGGGACAGAUGAGGACGAGGAGGAGUUUAUUGAAGACGAGGAGGAUCAGGAAGAGGGCGUGUCCACAGAGGGGAAAGAAGAAAAAGCCCAGGCUGGGGGUGAUGGUAUUUGGCUUCUCACCACAGCUCUGGAGGUCUUGGGUCCUCUCAAGUCCUCUCACCAUGAGCCUGUGUCUGUCUUUCUCUUCCAGGGCACCAGUGAGGAGCUGGAUGAGUAG